UUCGUACGUCGACCGGAAAACCUUUCACGUUACCGUCGUCCUUAGACGUGCCAUCGUCGGCGAGGGUUCGCAGGGGGGUCCGUGACCCGCGCAACCCUACGUCGAUCGCUGCCGAUUUUUUCUUUUUUCUUUUUAAGUUUCCGAUUUCGAGAGUUUGAGUGAGGACGAUACGCACCCGUUACCGUCGCCGACCGCGCGCGAAGCGUUUAUUGUUGUAAAAAAAUAUUGGGAAGGAACCAAUUCAUCGAGGAAUGUACAGUGCAGUGUUUGGAUCAAUGGAUCGACUCCUCCUUCGCGGAUCUUACUGGAGCUCGAGAGUGUUGAUAUAAAAGCGGAUCUCUUGAAUAAAAGAACGCGUGUAUAUGAGUGCGUAAUCGACGAGAUCAUAUCGGAAACAUCAUGCCAAGUGCCACGAGAUACCGGAACGCGCGUUCUACCCUUUCCGCGUCGCUUCUUUGCCUCUUCGCCGCCGUCACCGGAAUUUAUGGGCUCAAGAAUGUGUCGAUCGAGAUUCCAUUGGCAGUAGCAGCAGGCACGACGGUUAACAUGUAUUGUAGAUACGACCUAGAAAACGAUGACCUGUACACCGUCAAAUGGUACAAGGGCCAGGAAUUUUAUCGAUAUAUCCCCAAGGAGAUGCCACCGAUCGGAGUAUUCGGAGAUGUUGGAGGAAAAGUUCUGAAAAAUCGGAGCGACACACAUCGAUUGGUCCUGAAGGACUUGCAGCCUCGUCACACAGGCACAUAUCGCUGCGAGGUCUCGGGAGACGCUCCGGACUUUACCACCAUAAUGGUCUCUGCUUACAUGCACGUAGCCAGUCUGCCGAACGGCGAUCCCGAGCUGCGAGUCGAGAAGAUGCGGUAUGCAGUCGGUGAUACUGUACGUGCGAACUGCACGGUACCGGCGGGAUACCCGCCAGCCAACGUGACGUGGACUGUCAAUGGAAGAACGGUGAAUUCAAGCUUCGUCCUGAACGUUACGGACGACGUAACCGUCGACGAUCAAGGCCCGCCCGUUCGCAAGACGGUCGCCGGACUGGACUUUGAAACGAUGCAGGACAACUUUAGCAACGGCAGACUGCACAUCGUUUGUAAUGCCUAUGUCUUUCACCUCUAUCAGAAGAAGGACGAGGUGAUUCUAAAGGAAGAACGUCCAAGACUGGCUUCCGUACUUGGAACACGGGAAUCCUCCUACAUUGGUGCCGCUUCCAAGAGCAGUGCAGAGUAUUUCUACGUCGCUGCCGUGACCAUACUGUUGCUGUGCAGCCUGAGAUAACAUCAAUGAGCUCGUAACACGUUUUAUGCGCACGAUUGUAUCGAUGAAAAGGCGAGGGAAGAUAAAUAAUUUGUAAACUUUGAAAAUCAUUAAGUGGGAUAAAAUCUGGAAAAAGGAGAAAUUUUCUGUUGACGAUAAAAAAAAAAAAAAAAUACAGAGCGUAUGUUAUUCGUGUAAAUAGGAUAAAAAAAUUUAGUGAAUUAUCUAUGUGUACGUGAUCUAUGCGUUCGUUCUUUCACCCGCAAGAACGAAUUUGUAAUCCGAUAAGAAUAACAUGUCAUAUUAUUAUAAUAGAUCGACGAUAACUGCCCGGUCAAAACUGCCCGAUGUCUUAUUUGACGAAAAAAAAAAAAAAAAAAGAAAGAAAAUAUUGUACCAUCUUUUUCUAUCCUCUGACAAUGAUUUUGAUACCUCCUGUGUAAUAUUCUAGC